AUGGAGGGGAGCAUGGAGGCGAGUGCGAUCCAAUGGAUCAACACGUUCGAAGACAAGGAAGAGAACAAGAUUUCCUCCCUAGACCAGCUUUCCGAUGGACUGAUUCUACAUGAAGUCCUUCGAGACAUUGCUCCCGAAAGCUUCUUGGAGGAGUCGCUCAAGUUGGAUGUUGGUUCCAACGUCAUCCUGAAGGCCAACAACAUCAAGCGACUGCUCAAGGAACUGGAUGCUUACUACCGAGAAACUUUUCGACAAGAGAUGGACGUGAACAGCAUAGAUGCUAAUGCUGUGGCUCGAGGAGAAGCUGAAGCGAUCAUGAAAUUGGUUGAACUUGUGUUGGGUUGUGCUGUGCAGUGUGAGAAGAGACAAAGAUACAUCGAGCGAUUGAUGAACGAUCUCGAUAAAUCGUCUCAAGCAAACAUCAUGAUUCUUACUCAGACGAUGAAGGAGUUCGUUGGAAAGGCAUCCUCCAAAGAAGACAAUAAUGACGAGCCCGUGGAGAGCACAGACCAGAAUCGCUUCCGUCGUCUCGCGCAUGGCGCUGGGGUCAAGUAUGCAAACCUGGAGUUGGAGCAUCAGGAUGCCCUCAUGCAGCUCCGGUCAGCUCGAUCCGAGCUGGAGCGCGUCAAGGUUGGCAUUCGCAUUCGGGAGAAUCGGCAGCUGCGAGUUGGGAUGAUGGCAGGGGAUCUGAGCGGGGGGGGGGAGGCAGCCAAGAGAGAAGCUGAGGUGAAGGUCUGCAGAGAGACCAUCCAGCGACUUGAACAGGACAAGGCAACUUUACAGGAUGAGGUAGCGACUCUAAAGGCGCAUGCCGGAGUGAAGGCCGACAUGAGGGAUCAGCUCGAGCUGGAGGUGCAGAGACUGAGAUCGGAGCAUUUGGAGUCGCUUGCGAGCAACGAGAAGAUGGGGGAGGAGAUAGCAAGACACGUGGAAGAAAAGAACGCGCUAAUCUUCGAAGCCGAGAAGUUGACGUGGGAAGCUGAGCAGCGAGCGCGAGCCAUAGAAGACAAGGUGAUCGAGACCUGUGGCGGGAAGAGCAAUGACGAGACUUUGAAGGCGAAUUCAAAUGCAGGAGAAAGAUUUUACCAGAACUGCGAUGACCUUCUGCUGGCGGAGAAUCAGCAGCUCAAAGCAGAUCUAUCGGACAAGAGGAGGUUGCUAGCACGAAAGGAUGAAGAGUUGGCGGAGACAAAGAGAAUGAAGAACGAGCUUCAACUUGCUGCUGCUGACAGUUCUCAAGCUGCAGUCUUGCAGCAACAAAUCAAAGAGAUGCAGCUCCGCGAAGAGGAGCAAGCGAAAGCUACGCGACGCAAGAUUGCGGCGCAGGAGCGGGAGCAGACGCUGCUGGUGUCGCUCAUGUACGACAUUGGGAUGGAGCUGCACCGGGCAUUUGAGAUGUUCUUUCUAAAAAGAAUCGCUCUUCAAGAAAGGACGAACAAGAUCGACCAGUCUUUCUCGGAUCCGAGUCAAUGUCUUUGUGGAGAGAAGGAGAAUUGUACAUCUAGUGUAGAUGAGAUUCUUGAUGCAGCAAAGAGACUUGACCAGCUUUCUUUGAAGUGCAACGAGGCAGAUGAAGCAAGUGAGGCAAACUCAACGAGUUGUGGCGACAGUCUGAAUGAAGAAGCUCAACACGGCAAGGAAGAUUCCUGCAAAGGCGAGGAGAGCGCCGACAGCAUUGAGGACUCGAGUCUGUGUCGGGAGCUGGACGACUCUCCUCCCACCUCUGUUGGUGAGGCCAAGUCACGGGUUGAGGAUGCCUUGAGAGAGCUGAUGGAAGAGGGGAUUCCUUUCGUCCACCACGAGAGCAUUAAGUGGGGCAAGCAGCUGGGGAAAGGCGCUUUUGGAACCGUCAAGCUCGCCUCGUGUGUUCUCUUCGGUCAGAUUGAGAAUGCCGCAAUCAAAACCAUCACGGCAAGCGACAGAGAAUUCAACGAACGACUUAAGAGCUUCAAAGCCGAAGCGCUGAUAAGCUGGAGAGCCUGCGCAAAGAAACGAACCAACUCGCAACUCAGGUCAAGAGUUUGCAACAUUUACGCAAUCUCCUAUCAUGUCGUUCAUGAAGACGUUGGACCCUCCGCUCACCUUCAUCUUCUCAUUGAGCACAUUCCGGGAAGUAUCGACCUGCACAAAGAGAUUUCGGGCUCAAAGUCAUGGUCUAACUUGCGUUGCGAUGGCAAAGACACCGGCAGGAGGCUCCGAUCUCGCUACGUGACCAUCGACGAAGACGGCGACGUGUUUGCGUAUGUCAUGCCGCGAGCGAGGAAACUUCACUUUGCGGUCGAACUCAGCUGGGGGCUAGCAGAGCUGAGAAGAGCAGACAUUGUGCAUUGUGACGUGAAGCCAAGCAACGCACUGCUGCAGGAGAAGAGAAGGGGAAAGAGCCCGGGAGUCAUUCUGAUCGACUUUGGGGAAGCAAACUUCUCAGAGCAGGCGAAAGACUGGAACGCAGGAACUCCAGGGUAUCAAGCACCAGAGGUGGAGGAGGAAGGAGCUUCAUUCGCCUCUGACGUCUACUCCCUUGGCGUCUCGCUCAUCGAGUUGUGGACUGGCGACGUCUGGCAAGGAGCUGAGACGAGGGGAGAAGGAGAGCCAGGGAUGCGACGAGAGAUCCUCGACGCCCUCAAGAGAGUUCAAGCAGCAGAUCCACAGGUCGCCAAAAUUUUGCGUCGAUGCAUUUCGAAGGAUCCCAACAAGCGCCCAAGUGCGCGACGGCUGGGAAGCAUGUUCCACCGCCUACAGUACAAGAGGAAGUUGGAGCGGCUGAUGUUUCCAUACAAGAAGCCUUAG